AUGUUGGCGGUAGGUCGUGAGACGAGCUCUGGUUUGACGGACGGGAGGCGGUUGCGUCCAAACCGUCCCCUCCCGCGCGCGCGCGGCUGGGAGGGCACUUGUGCAGGAGUGGGCCGGCUGCUCUCCCCUGGCCGGGGCUGGGCCUCGCGUCUCCCCGCCCGGGGCCCCUCCUUUGCUCCCCCCUUGCUUGACUUCCCCACGGCGCCCCGCCGGUACUUCCUAGUCGUCUCGCUCGGUGAUCUGCAGGAUCUCCCGCCCCCGCCACCCCGACGCCGCCGCCGGGUCCUUCCCACUGAGCGCCAGGUGUCUCGCUGGUUUGUUCAGUGCCUCCGGGAGCAAUCCAUGCUGCUAGAAAUUAUUUUCCUUCAUUAUGCGUACUUUGAGAUGGCACCUAGUGACCUAUUGGUAUUAACGAAGAUGUUCAAAGAGCAAGGAUUUGGCAGCCGGCAGACUAAUCGGCAUCUGGUGGAUGAAACUAUGGAUCCUUUUAUAGAUAGGAUUGGGUACUUCAGUGCUCUUAUCCUGGUGGAAGGCAUGGAUAUCGAGUCCUUACAUAAGUGUGCCUUGGAUGAUAGGAGAGAACUGCACCAGUUUGCUCAGGAUGGGAUUAUUUGUCAGGAAAUGGACCAUUUGAUGUUGACCUUUGGAGACAUUCCACAUCAUGCCCCAGUACUUUUGGCCUGGGCUCUUCUCCGUCACACCCUAAACCCAGAAGAGACAAGCAGUGUGGUCAGGAAGAUAGGUGGCACAGCCAUCCAGCUGAAUGUGUUUCAGUACUUGACCCGACUGCUCCGGUCCCUUGCCAGUGGUGGAAAUGAUUGCACCACGAGCACCGCGUGCAUGUGUGUGUACGGGCUCCUCUCCUUCGUGCUGACCUCACUGGAGCUGCACACCCUCGGCAGUCAGCAGGAUGUCAUUGACACAGCAUGUGAAGUCCUGGCAGACCCUUCUCUUCCAGAACUGUUUUGGGGAACAGAGCCAACCUCUGGCCUUGGCAUCAUUCUGGACAGUGUUUGUGGGAUGUUUCCCCACCUCCUUUCCCCACUCUUGCAAUUGCUCCGAGCCCUUGUGUCAGGGAAGUCCACUGCCAAAAAGGUUUAUAGUUUCUUGGAUAAAAUGUCUUUCUACAAUGAACUUUAUAAGCACAAGCCCCAUGAUAUAAUCUCCCAUGAAGAUGGAACUCUUUGGCGGAGGCAAACACCCAAACUUCUGUACCCUCUGGGAGGUCAGACGAAUCUUCGCAUUCCUCAAGGCACUGUGGGCCAGGUCAUGCUUGAUGAUAGGGCUUACCUGGUACGCUGGGAAUACUCCUACAGCAGCUGGACCCUCUUUACCUGUGAGAUUGAAAUGCUGCUUCAUGUUGUUUCGACUGCAGAUGUGAUUCAGCACUGCCAACGGGUCAAACCUAUCAUAGAUCUGGUCCACAAGGUCAUUAGCACAGAUCUGUCUAUAGCAGAUUGUCUCCUGCCUAUCACAUCCCGCAUCUACAUGCUGCUGCAGCGGUUGACAACAGUCAUCUCCCCCCCUGUGGAUGUCAUUGCUUCUUGUGUUAAUUGUUUAACUGUCUUGGCUGCCCGGAAUCCAGCAAAGGUCUGGACUGAUCUUCGUCACACAGGAUUUUUACCAUUUGUGGCCCAUCCUGUGUCCAACAUGAGUCAGAUGAUUAGUGCGGAAGGGAUGAAUGCUGGAGGGUAUGGCAAUCUGCUAAUGAAUAGUGAACAGCCUCAGGGGGAGUAUGGGGUCACUGUUGCCUUUCUGCGCCUGAUUACCACCCUCGUCAAAGGGCAGCUUGGUAGCACCCAGAGCCAAGGCCUGGUGCCCUGUGUGAUGUUUGUGUUGAAGGAGAUGCUUCCUAGCUACCACAAGUGGCGUUAUAACUCUCACGGUGUGCGGGAACAGAUUGGUUGCUUGAUCCUGGAGCUGAUUCAUGCGAUACUCAACCUGUGCCAUGAGACAGACCUACACAACAGUCACACUCCCAGCCUGCAGUCUCUGUGCAUCUGCAGUCUGGCCUACACAGAAGCUGGACAGACUGUCAUCAAUAUCAUGGGCAUUGGUGUUGACACCAUUGACAUGGUGAUGGCCGCUCAGCCCCGAAGUGAUGGGACAGAGGGCCAAGGCCAGGGCCAGCUGCUGAUCAAGACUGUGAAAUUAGCCUUCUCUGUUACCAACAAUGUUAUUCGGCUCAAACCUCCUUCUCAAGUAGUGUCCCCGCUGGAACAGGCUCUCACACAACAUGGUGCCCAUGGGAACAACCUCAUUGCUGUCCUAGCCAAGUAUAUCUACCAUAAACACGACCCAGCUUUGCCCCGUCUUGCCAUUCAGUUGCUGAAACGAUUGGCUACGGUGGCCCCAAUGUCAGUGUAUGCUUGCCUGGGCAAUGAUGCAGCUGCCAUUCGUGAUGCCUUCCUAACCCGCCUUCACAGCAAGAUUGAGGACAUGCGCAUCAAAGUUAUGAUUCUGGAGUUCCUCACUGUUGCAGUAGAGACCCAGCCAGGCCUCAUUGAGCUGUUUUUGAAUCUGGAAGUGAAGGAUGGUAGUGAUGGCUCCAAGGAGUUCAGCCUUGGUGUGUGGAGCUGCCUCCAUGUGGUGCUAGAACUGAUUGAUUCCCAGCAGCAGGAUCGAUACUGGUGCCCACCUCUGUUGCAUCGUGCAGCCAUUGCCUUUCUGCAUGCUCUGUGGCAGGACCGCAGGGAUAGUGCCAUGCUGGUCCUCCGAACCAAACCCAAGUUUUGGGAGAAUUUAACCAGUCCGCUGUUUGGAACCCUUUCUCCGCCCUCAGAGACUUCUGAGCCCAGCAUCCUGGAAACCUGUGCUCUAAUCAUGAAGAUAAUUUGCUUGGAGAUACACUAUGUAGUUAAGGGUUCAUUAGACCGGUCAUUAAAAGAUACACUCAAGAGAUUUUCCAGCGAAAAACGCUUUGCCUACUGGUCAGGUUAUGUCAAGUCAUUGGCAGUUCACACGGCUGAAACAGAGGGCAACAACUGCACAUCUUUGUUAGAGUAUCAGAUGCUGAUCUCUGCCUGGAGGAUGCUUCUCAUCAUUGCUACCAGUCAUGCAGACAUCAUGCACUUGACUGACUCUGCAGUACGGCGCCAGCUCUUUCUUGAUGUGCUUGAUGGGACCAAAGCAUUACUCCUUGUUUCAUCAUCAGUGAAUUGCCUCCGCCUUGGCUCCAUGAUGUGUACUCUACUGCUGGUUCUUCUCCGUCAGUGGAAGAGAGAGUUGGGCACUGUGGACGAUAUCCUCGGACCCUUGACAGAGAUCUUGGAAGGGGUGCUGCAGGCAGACCAGCACCUCAUGGAAAAGGCCAAGGCCAAGGUGUUCUCAGCAUUCAUCAUGGUGUUGCAGAUGAAGGGGAUGCGAGUAAGUGAAAUCCCACAGUAUUCCCAGUUGGUGCUAAAUGUCUGUGAAACGCUACAAGAAGAGGUGAUCUCACUCUUUGACCAGACCCGUCACAGCCUGGCAUCAGGCAGUGCCACAGAGGACAAGGACAGCAUGGAGACUGACGACUGCCCUCGGCCCCGGCACAAGGACCAACGUGAUGGGGUAUGUGUCCUGGGCUUGCAUCUGGCCAAGGAGCUUUGUGAGGUCGAUGAGGAUGGAGACUCAUGGCUACAGGUGACCCGUAGGCUCCCCAUUCUGCCCACGCUUCUCACCACUCUGGAGGUGAGCCUUCGCAUGAAGCAGAACCUGCAUUUCACUGAGGCUGCGCUGCACCUGCUACUCACCCUGGCUCGCACCCAGCAGGGAGCUGCAGCAGUAGCUGGAGCUGGCAUCACCCAGAGCAUUUGCCUGCCCCUUCUGAGUGUGUACCAGCUCAGCAGCAAUGGCACAGGGCAGAUACCUACCACCUCUCGGAAGUCCCUGGAUGCACCUUCCUGGCCAGGGGUCUACCGCCUGUCCAUGUCCUUGAUGGAGCGGCUGCUCAAGACUCUGCGCUACAACUUCCUGACAGAGGCCCUGGACUUUGUGGGUGUCCACCAGGAACGAACCUUGCAGUGCCUCAACGCAGUGAGAACGGUGCAAAGUCUGGCGUGCCUAGAGGAGGCAGACCACACUGUGGGCUUCAUCCUGCAGCUUUCCCACUUCAGGAAGGAAUGGCACUUCCACCUGCCUCAGCUCAUGCGUGACAUCCAGGUGAACUUGGGUUACUUGUGCCAGGCCUGCACCUCCCUACUGCACAGCCGGAAGAUGCUGCAGCACUACCUGCAGAACAAAAAUGGGGAUGGCCUCCCUUCAGCUGUUGCCCCCCGAGUUCAGCGGCCACCCACCGCCACCGCCAGCGCCUCCACCACUGCCACGGCUCCUGCUGCCCCCUCUAGCGGCUCCUCCAAGCAGCUCACUACUGACACUGAGGCUUCAGAACAGCGAGCCUUGCACACAGUCCAGUAUGGUCUUCUCAAGAUUCUCAGCAGGACCCUGGCAGCUUUGCGCCACUUCACCCCAGAUGUCUGCCAGAUCUUGCUGGAUCAGUCCCUGGAUCUUGCGGAAUACAACUUCCUGUUUGCUCUAAGCUUCACCACUCCCACCUUUGACUCUGAAGUGGCCCCCUCCUUUGGUACCCUCUUGGCCACAGUGAAUGUGGCCCUCAACAUGCUUGGAGAGCUGGACAAGAAAAAGGAGCCCCUCACACAGGCUGUGGGGCUCAGCACACAAGCAGAAGGGACCAGAACAUUAAAGUCCCUCCUGAUGUUCACCAUGGAAAACUGCUUCUACCUGCUCAUCUCCCAGGCAAUGCGGUACCUGCGGGACCCAGCUGUGCAUCCCCGGGACAAACAGCGGAUGAAGCAGGAGCUGAGCUCAGAGUUGAGCACGCUGCUUUCCAGCCUCUCACGCUACUUCCGAAGGGGCGCCCCCAGCUCCCCUGCUGCCGGUGUCCUACCCUCACCCCAGGGCAAGGCGACCUCUGUCUCCAAAGCCAGCCCUGAGAGUCAAGAGCCUCUGAUACAGCUGGUGCAAGCCUUCGUCCGGCAUGUGCAGAGAUAGGGCAGUGAUGUGCUGCCUGCCUGCAGACCAUGAAGCCAGACCUGGGUAGAGGGUACUGCCUCUACAGCACCAGUUGCCGAGAACAGCGCUCUUCACCUCUCCCCAGUAGUCCGGACUCCAACCACCCACCUGCUGACAUCAUUUUUGUAACAAGAGGUCAAAGCAGGAAUGGGGAGCCUGAGGUCUGGGUCAGAGUCCAGGCCGUCAGGUCACAACACCCCUGAGGUGGCUCCUUCAAGCAUUCCCAUGGUGUGUGACCAGAGAGCCACUGGAUGCCAACUGCACAGGAGAGGCUAUGUGCAGUGUGAGGAUUUUCCAUAAUCUAUUCUUGAAGGGUUUUAAAGGGUUUUGUUUUUUUUUUUGGUUUGUUUUUGUUUUGGUAAUACUGUGGUCUAUUUAUACAAACAUUAAAGUGCUGUUUAUAGACAA